AUGUCUUUGUUUGAAGCAACCCGAACUCCCAAAAGAAACAAUCGGAGAAUACCUUCCUGUUCAUCCAUAACAUGGCGUUUGAGUUACUUCAUUAUCAUCCCUUCCCCUGUAUAUUUCUACACUCCAAAUCUCCACUGGUGUCCAGCUUGUAGAAAUUAUAAGAUUGCACGUGCUGUUUAUGAUGUUGAAGAGGCUACCUCUCUUGCUUUUGACAUUAUUCUUGAAAACAAGAUGAUUAAACCAGAUACUCGAGCUACUCUUAUAAAAUUCAUGCAAUUAAUGAUAGCUCAUCACCCUUCAAAGAGGCGUCGAAGAGGAAGUGCUGAUAUACUUGUGAAUUUUGACGAUUUAUACCCUUCAAAUAUUUUGUCACCAUUUGAAAAAAACAACACUCAACAUGGUGGUCUUACUAAAUUUGAGAUACGUGGAAAAGAAGUCCCACGUGGAUAUUGGAUGUUUUGUCGUGGUAGCAAAAAUGGUACAAGGGGAUUCAGCUGUGGUUUAUGGGUUUUGCUACAUUCACUAUCCGUGAGAGUUGAAAAUGAAGAAAGUCAAAUGACAUUUACGUCAAUUUGCGAUUUUAUACAUAAGUUUUUUGCUUGUGAAGAGUGUAGUCAACACUUCUACAAUAUGUGCUCAAGAUUUCCAGAUGCAGUGGUGACCCUCCGAUCUGAAAAUCUUACUGUCGAAACCCUGGUUCGUUGCCCUCCCUGUAUUGGCUUCAAGCUUUGGAAUCAUUCGUCGUCAAUGUCUUCGUCUUCGUCGAGGUUUCAGAUGGUAUCCAGAUUUGUUAUCAGACGAAGACGAUGA